UGUCCGGCUUCAGCAAAGGAACGGCAGGGAAAGAAAAUUGCAACAUAAGAAGACGCGCUGAAAGUAAAACAGGCUGAAAGUGAGGAAACUGAAUGAAAGCAAACAACACAGGAGACUGAGAGAGAGAAGAAAGACCAACGCAGCAGACUGCUGUGGAGUUGAGGUCGGUGAACGCAGAAUUGGCAACAGAAACAGAAAGAGAAGAAUAAGAAAACACUACCAUGACGUACCGGCUGUUUGAGGCCAAGGAUCAUGCCUCCAUCUACCAAAGGUAUCGCUUCACGCCUCCAGACGAGCUCAAGAACAUUAUUCUUCAGUACCUGGAUAAAAAGAAGGGGCGACCACAUGUGCUGGCCGUGGAUCUGGGAUGUGGGACAGGUCAGAAUUCCCGGUUAAUGUCCCCACACUUCCAGGAAGUGGUGGGCAUCGACAUCAGUGAGCAUCAGCUGGAGGAGGCCAGAGCCGUGCCGGGGUACCCUAACAUCACAUACAGGAAGGGGACAGCAGAGGAGCUUCCUUUUCCAGAUGCCUCUGUUGACCUGCUGACGGCAGCGUCGGCAGCCCACUGGUUCCAUCAGUCGAGGUUCCUCGCUGAGGCCGGUCGGGUUUUAAAGCCUCUUGGCUGCAUGGCUCUGCUGGGCUUCAGUGACCAUGACACCACACUUCGCUACCAGGACUGCGGAGAAAGACUCAGACACAUUUAUGACGAGGUGAAGCAGGUGCUGUUGCCGUACACUAGCAGUCAGGUGGCUGUAGCUGAUGGUAAACUGGAAGAGCUCUACUCAGCAAUACCCUUUCCAGAUAAAGAGAGGGUCGAGGGUAUAAAGGUGAACUCGUCAAUCUCUGUGAGGAACCUGGUGGGUUUCAUCGAGUCCUUUUCCAUGUUCCAAGCUUACAAGAAGAAAGAUCCUCAGUCUGCUGAAGACCUGCUGCUCAGCACUCAAAAGAGGUUCCUGGAGGAGAUGGGAGUCACGUCUCCUGACACUGAAAUAGAGCAGGAACUGGACUACUUCUGCGUCCUGGCUUCAAAACCACAAUAACCAACAUGGUGGAAGUGCGUGUGGAGUUCUUCGAGAGCUUGUUCGAUGUGGAUAUUUCUAAAUAAACCUAAUUUGCGCUUUUCUCAGCAGAACUCUUGU